AUGCCGGGGCCCGGGGCCCGGGCGGAGGAGGGCAGCGGCGGUGAGGGCGCGGCCCCGGGGGCCGCGGCGGAGCCUGGGGCGGGGCCCGGGCGGGAGCCAGCGCGGCUGUGCGGCUACCUGCAGAAGCUGUCCGGCAAGGGCCCGCUGCGCGGCUACCGCAGCCGCUGGUUCGUGUUCGACGCGCGACGCUGCUACCUCUACUACUUCAAGAGCCCGCAGGACGCGAUACCCCUCGGCCACCUGGACAUCGCGGACGCCUGCUUCAGCUACCAGGGCCCCGACGAAGCGGCGGAGCCCGGCGCCGAGCCGCCAGCUCACUUCCAGGUGCACAGCGCGGGAGCCGUCACGGUGCUCAAGGCUCCUAAUCGUCAACUCAUGACUUACUGGUUACAGGAGCUUCAGCAGAAGAGAUGGGAGUAUUGCAACAGUCUUGACAUGGUAAAAUGGGACAGCAGGACCUCCCCAACUCCUGGGGAUUUUUCUAAGGGUCUCGUAGCCAGAGAUAACACAGAUUUAAUUUACCCACAACCAAAUGCUUCUGCAGAAAAAGCCAGAAAUGUCCUAGCAGUGGAAACUGUCCCUGGAGAGCUGGUGGGAGAACAAGCUGCAAGUCAGCCAGCCCCAGGGCAUCCAAAUUCCAUUAAUUUCUCUUUGAAACAGUGGGGCACUGAGCUCAAAAAUUCAAUGUCUUCUUUACGUCCUGGGAGAGGGCAUAAUGAUAGUCGGAAGAGUGUGUUUUAUACCAAUGAAGAGUGGGAGCUUUUAGACCCAAGCCCUAAGGACCUGGAGGAGUCUGUGGUACAGGAAGAAAGGAAGAAGCCAGUCCCUGAAGGAAACAAAGGAGUGACUGGCUCAGGAUUUCCCUUUGAUUUUGGACGCAUUCCCUACAAAGGAAAGCGCCCUUUGAAAGACAUGAUUGGAUCGUACAAAAAUCGUCACAGUAGUGGUGACCCAUCAGCCGAGGGGACAUCGGGUAGUGGUGGCACCAGCAAGCCUUUCUCCGAAAUGCAGCUGCAGCUCCAGAGCCAGCAGGAAGAGCUGGACCGGUUAAAGAAAGACCUGUCGAGUCAGAAGGAGCUCGUGCGGCUGCUGCAGCAGACAGUGCGCUCAUCGCAGUACGACAAGUACUUCACGAGCAGCCGACUCUGUGAGGGGAUCCCAAAGGACACACUUGAGCUUCUACACCAAAAGGAUGACCAGAUUCUGGGCCUCACCAGCCAGCUUGAGAGGUUCAGCCUGGAAAAAGAGAGUCUUCAGCAGGAAGUGAGAACUCUGAAGAGCAAAGUGGGUGAGCUCAAUGAGCAGCUGGGGAUGCUGAUGGAGACCAUCCAAGCCAAGGACGAGGUCAUCAUAAAGCUCUCACGGCAGCUCAGCGAGUGCGAGGGCAGUGUGGCUUCUCCCAGCUCGGCGCCCGGCUCCCCCUCUGCCGCCCCUACCGGCAGGGACCAGCUGGAACUGGACAGGCUGAAAGAUAAUCUACAGGGAUACAAAACCCAAAAUAAACUUCUAAAUAGGGAAAUUUUUGAACUCUCAGCUCUACGGAGAAAUGCAGAAAGGAGAGAGAGGGAUCUGAUGGCAAAGUAUUCUAGCCUGGAAGCCAAGCUCUGCCAGAUAGAAAGCAAAUACUUGAUAUUGCUCCAAGAAAUGAAGACACCAGUUUGCUCAGAAGACCAGGGGCCUGCUCGGGAUGUCAUAGCCCAGUUGCUGGAGGAUGCUCUGCAGGUUGAGAGCCCGGAGCAGCCAGAGCAAGCAUUUGUUAAACCUCAUCUUGUCAGUGAAUAUGAUAUUUAUGGGUUUAAGACUGUCCCAGAGGAUGACGAGGAAGAGAAGUUAGUUGCCAAAGUCCGAGCAUUGGACCUGAAGACUCUCUACCUCACAGAAAACCAGGAGGUUUCCACUGGGGUCAAGUGGGAAAACUAUUUUGCUAGCACAAUGAACAGGGAGAUGAUGUGCUCUCCAGAAUUAAAGAACCUGAUCCGUGCAGGCAUUCCACACGAGCACCGUUCCAAGGUGUGGAAGUGGUGUGUGGACCUUCACACCAGGAAGUUCAAGGACACCACUGAGCCUGGUUACUUCCAGACCUUGCUUCAGAAGGCGCUGGAGAAGCAGAACCCGGCCUCCAAGCAGAUCGAGCUAGACCUGCUGCGGACUCUCCCCAACAACAAACAUUACUCAUGCCCCACCUCAGAAGGCAUACAGAAGUUACGCAACGUCCUGCUUGCCUUCUCCUGGCGGAAUCCAGAUAUCGGCUACUGCCAAGGUCUGAACAGAUUGGUGGCGGUGGCCCUCCUGUACCUGGAACAAGAAGAUGCUUUCUGGUGUCUAGUUACCAUAGUGGAAGUUUUCAUGCCUCGAGACUAUUACACAAAGACUCUUUUAGGAUCUCAGGUGGACCAGCGAGUGUUCAGAGACCUCAUGAGUGAGAAGCUGCCACGACUGCACGCCCACUUUGAACAGUACAAAGUUGACUACACCCUCAUCACGUUCAACUGGUUUCUGGUGGUGUUUGUGGAUAGUGUCGUUAGUGACAUCCUCUUUAAAAUAUGGGACUCUUUCCUUUAUGAGGGACCAAAGGUUAUUUUCCGUUUUGCCCUGGCACUUUUUAAAUACAAGGAAGAGGAGAUCCUGAAAUUGCAAGAUUCAAUGUCUAUCUUCAAGUAUCUCCGUUACUUCACUCGCACUAUUCUUGAUGCUAGGAAGCUGAUCAGUAUCUCCUUUGGGGACCUGAACCCAUUCCCCCUGCGCCAGAUCCGGAACCGGCGCACCUACCACUUGGAGAAAGUCCGGUUGGAGUUGACAGAACUGGAGGCCAUCCGGGAGGACUUCCUGCGUGAACGGGACACCAGCCCUGACAAGGGUGAGCUGGUCAGCGAUGAAGAGGAGGACACCUGAUGGCCCCCUGCCCCACGCUGCUGCUCUUCUUGCCUUCACAACCAAAGUGUGCCAAAGGGCGAACUGCAGAGAUGUCUUUGCUCAUUUAAAAGCCAGAAUGUAACACUCGUGGCCUCUGGAAAUCUGCUGGGCAGAUGUCCAGGUCACACUGCACUUUCUCCUUUCCACCCGGGGGGAGUCUGUUUACAGCCAUCGGCAGGCCAUGGCAUUUGGUCACACAUAUCCCCGUCGUGCUUUCUGACUGAUGCUGCAUCACCAGGCUUGCGGUUCACUAUUUUCAGGAGCCUGUUUAUAGCACGUCAGUCACGUUGGUCUUUGCCUUUAGCAACCCUUACGUGGGCCGUCUCCCCGAGUUGUUUCCUGUAUAGUAGGCAGUUGUGGGCAUCUUUUGAUUGGUGGCACUGUGGAGGAUGCCCACUGCACUCAGACAUUCCUAGGCCAGAGUGUGGCUGCUUCAGGUGGCAGGAGGUUGGUGUGAAAAGAGAGACUUCCUUAGGAAAGCAGGUAUAUCCCUUUUCGGGAAAGGCCUAAAGAAAGCCUACAAACCUUCUGCUGGUGGCUCCAAGCUGCCAGCCAUGCCGUUUCUGGAAUAGCUUUUGCCCUUUCACACAACCUUUCAAACAGUGGCUCCCAACCUGCUUGGGGAGGGCCUGGCUCUCCAGACACCCCACACUCGCUUCUCUUCAUCAGCUGGUGCUGGCAGAUUGUUGAGCAGUUCUGCUCCCCACCUGGCACGGCUCCGUGAGGUUCUGUGGAAAGCUCUUCUUUCCAUCUGAUAGUUGACUCUUAGAAUCAUUCUCCACAUCUAGAUGGGGUGGGAUUCCAAGGAAACUGUGGCUCAUCAUCCUGCAAAGCAGGCCCACCCCUGGGCAGGCCUUGGUUGAGGGGACAGAGAAGCUUUUCUACGGGUGCUUUGCAGGGCAGCAAUGCAGCUCUCAAGUGACCGCAGUGGAGCAGCCAGAAACCAGUGCUCCUGGUGUCGCCUCUGCCUGGCUGGGAUGGCAGGAGGCUGGCUGCCAGUGCCGAGGCCUGGGAAGUGCCUUUGCUUGAGGCCAGAGCUUUGGUGACCCCUCCUAGAUGGGUCUCCUCCGACUGCCGCCCAGAAGCAUCCUUGUUCUUGGCGCUGUCCUCCCCUUCCCCAAGGCAAGCGUGGUGCUCACUUGGGGUCACCAUUGCCACCAGAGGGUCCGGCUGCCUAGGUAGUUCUGGGGACUCAGAGCACUACCUUUGUGAAGCCCUGAAAGGAGGCUCUGCACAAGGAAGGUUAUUUUUGCUUAAUCAUUCUGUGCACCAUUCCUAAUGUGUAGAUGUGAGAGAAUGUUUUCUGGCACAGUAUUAUUCAAAUAGGAAACAAAUAAUUUUAAAUGGAAUUUUUUACACUACCUGGAAAAAAUUGGAAAUAAUCCUUAGUUGAUAUCUUAGCUAAACAUACUCAGACUAAGAACUGAAGCAGUGUAAUUUGAAGAAGUGCUUUUUCCAUAAGUAUGGUUUUCCUGUUCAUUACUGUCAACCUUCUAGCAGUACAUAGCUAGGCUGGCAUUUCAAGACUAGACCAAGCUCAGCUUUUCUGUCUUAAGUUGGGAAAUUUGAUCUUGCACUGUGUAGAGGGAGCCGGUCUCUAUAUUUAGCCAAAAGCCUUUGUCUCUUUUCAGGUAUCAAAAAUGUGUUCUAUCAUUGUUUUGUCUUUGGGAGCAGCUGUUGGUCUCACUCCUUCAGGAAGUUGCCCUGUAAGUUGGGUUGCUCUGAGAUGGGUGUUGCAGCCUCACUACUAGUCACAGACCCCCACAGGACCCCUGGGGCUGCUGGAGACCCCCGCCCCGCCCCCACCUCCCACAUGAGCUGUCAGCCACGGAGGUACAGUCACAAUGGGGUUGGGGUCUCGUGGAUCCCCUCCAGCUUCCUUCAGACUUCAGUUUCCAAGUUGAUUUCCCCCUGGAACUGCCAUGGCCCGAGGCUAAAAUGCCACCUUUAGGAAUAGGCUUGUUUUGUCCUGAAAAGACGCACCUGAAAAGCACCUAAAUUGGGCCCAGUGCCCACUGUGUGUGGCUGGAGCCCGGAUUUCUGCCGUUCCCAGAGCGGCAGCAGUGUGUUAAUAUUUCCAGGCAGUUGUUAGCGGCCGGACAGUGGGUGUGAGAGCAGAGAGAGAUGUGGAGGAAAUGGACUGGGAACACUUUCUUGGAGGUUGUCCUCUCUGAGAUAAAGCGCUGGGUGUCCGGAGGGCAGGAGAGGGAAUGCUUGGCCUGAUUCCAGACUGGGGACAGGAUGGAGCCGACUCGCCUCCACACUGCAGGGUCUGGUUCCACUAUUCUGAUCCAACACUUCCCCUCUCCUUGCGCCACUGGGGAAAGAGCUGCUCUGUACCGUCCAGUGCCCCCUGCCCCUGCCCCCUGGGGAGUGCCUCCUCACAGGUGCUCCCUCAGCACCAGCCUGGGAGCCCUGCUCAGGCGCCUCGCUUAGCGGCUGAGGCUGGAGGCCCUGGGGGCUGAGGCACCUCCGGCCUGCUUGCCAGGUACACACCCCACGGCCAGGGGGAGCCUCCCUCAUCACACCAGCUGGGCAUUGCCAGCUUUCCCGUUGAUGGGUGUUUGUUUUUUAUGGAUUGAACAUCUGUUAAUACUUUUGUAUAUUUUCACUACAGUUUAUAUUUUUAUAGGCUAUUUUUAUCAAGGUUUUUCUAGAUUCUGUACAUCUAUUUUGUAUAACAAAUUCUCUCGUGUGCGACUCCCCUGUAUUUAUGUAAACGUGACCCUCCUGACUUGCUCUUCGUUUCUGUGCCGUCUCUGACCUCCAGCCUUGACCAUUACUGACUUGCACUUACGCAGGGGCCCUUCCUACCCCAGGUAGCCUCUGCUGCUACUUGCAGGCAUGCUGACGGCUGUCCAGCAGCAGCCUGAACUGCUGAUCGCUGGGAACAAUGCUGGUUUCAACUAUAUUAUAUCAUUAUAGGAGUAUUCUAGGCAAAUAGCCAGUUUGUUUUCUUUUUUUUAACUAAAUGUUUGUAUUAUUGCACAAAUCCCCACCCCUCACUUUGUGUGGUUCAUCUUCCUGCGUGUGUUCUGGGCACCAGGGCCUGCCUGGGGCAAUCCUGGCAGGCGCGAGGCUGGAUGCCAGCCCUGGAGGACUUGAGGGGGCGCUGCCAAGUGACUUCCCUUUUAUGUCACAGCAGCUUCUAUGCUUAUCUUCAAGUUAUUUUGGAAUUGUCAUACUAAAAGGCAAAAUAAAUUACUAAUUUGUAUAAUG